CACACGGUGGCCUGGCCGGCCCGGCAGAGUGCCGAGUGCUACAAAGCUGCACGGCAACUCUGCAAGCGCGCAACUCGGGUGAGCGGCGCCGAGCAUCAGCCGCACCUAGCUUCGGCGUCGUCGCCGGCGACGACGACGAUGGCUUCUCGCCUGAUCGGGUCGCUCGGCGGCCUCGCCGCCAGAACCUCGCCGGCCAGCCACGCCACAAGCGUGUACCGCGACGCGUUUACCUCCGCCGCCAACAACGGCGACCCGGUUCCGGCGACGGGGUCGGAGGAGGACAAAGGAAGGGCGGCGACGGCCGGUGGUGGCAGCAGCGGCCGGGCGGAGGCCGGCGAGAAGGCGAGGGGCGCCGCGGAGGAGGUGAACAAGGAGGCUGCCGGGUGCGACGUCAAGGACCGGGCCAAGGAGACCGGCGAGGACGUCAAGGAAGCCAUCAAGGGCACGCGCUAGCUAGCUACUAGUCGGGAGAUGCUCGAUCAUCUAUCUGUUUUGUAA